GGAGUUGCUCACAUGAGCUGAGAGCCGUCAGUGAACUAAACGGAUUCAGACUGUCAAGCGUGAUUAAACGGAUUUACUGAGGAGAUUUUUACCGCAUCUUUCUCAAACCUCGAUAAUGUUGGAUGCUAAUAACAUUUUUCUCAGUGCUUCGGACAGAAGAAACUGUUAUACUAAUACAUUUUUCUACUGUCCAUAACUUUAGACUAGCCUACUGCAGUUAACAGUUUUGUUGCGAUAGGCUACUGUGCACCGGCAACCUUCAAAAAGUUGCUAUAACUCUGUUGAGGAGUUGUUUUCUCUGCGGAGCUACAGCCAUGCAGCAGGAGCUUUUAUUCAAAGUCCUAGUUAUCGGAGACUUGGGAGUCGGGAAAACGUCCAUCAUCAAGCGGUACGUCCAUCAGAUCUUCUCCCAGCACUACCGAGCCACGAUCGGGGUUGACUUCGCCCUGAAGGUGCUGCAGUGGGACAAUGACACUGUGAUCCGGCUACAGCUGUGGGACAUAGCAGGACAGGAGCGGUAUGGGAACAUGACUCGUGUCUAUUACCGGGAAGCGGUGGGAGCCAUGGUGGUGUUUGACGUGACGAGGGCCUCCACGUUUGACGCUGUGUUGAAGUGGAAGGAUGACUUGGACUCUAAGGUGACCCUGAAUCAUGGGAGGCCAGUUCCAGCUGUGCUCUUGGCCAAUAAGUCCGAUCAGCUGGGUUCCCAGCAGCCCAAACUCGACUCCUUCUGCAGGGAGAAUGGCUUUGUUGGCUGGUUCGAGACCUCGGCAAAGGAAAAUGCAAACAUUGAGGAGGCAGCGCGUUGCUUGAUAGAGCACAUCCUGAACAACGAGGAGAGCCCGAUGAUGGAGCGAGACCCCAGCUCCCUCGUCUUGUCUGGAUACAAUAACGCCACGAAGGAUCAUCUCAACUGCUCAUCAUGUGUGAAAAGAUGACUCAUGACCAGUCACAGACAAGCAGGAAGUGAACACCUCUUGCUUGCUGCAGAGUCAUGUUGGAGUCCGAUGGUACCGUAAAGUAUUACGCCGUUGUCGUGAUAGAUUUCCUGCACUGGGAUUCCAAUGUUACAUGCAGG